UUUGCCUCCCCACCACGCCCUCAUCUCGGCUUUGGAUCCGAACACGUGGAGAACAACCACGAAUACCUCAUCUGUCUCAGGUUAGAGGAACGUCUUAAGACCGAAGGUUGCUUCAUAAGCAUGGCAGAUCAGGACUCACUUAAAUACAGUCCAAGGAGAGGUGCUGCUAGUUUUCUGGCUCUCCAACCCCUUCGCAUUCCUCGGGUCCAGCUGACAGACGAAGGGCCCUUCUACAGCGAUGCUGCUGGGCUGAGGAAAGAUCUAUCUGCUUCCUUUGACCAAGUGAAAAAGGCAUUACUUUAUGAAGAAGGUGAUGGACCAAAAAAUAAGAAGACUUCUCUUCCAAAACUCAACAAUAAAUUUCCUUUUGGCAACAUCCUAUCGGAAGAUGAGGAUGAGUACUCGGAUGAUGACCAUGCUGCCCUCUCUCUCCAUGGUUUGUCACCGGUCGAAUGCCUGUACUGCGAUGAAGAGCUCACCCUGGACCAGAUCAAGGAUCCUAAUCCUGACGAGAGCACACGGACUGAAGUUUGGAAAACUGACUUGCACAAGAACCACAUGGCAGCUUUAAGUAGUGAGAUGUUUGACAACCUGCUGAAGAUGUGUCCCGAUUUCCAUGGCUGUAAGAGCCACAUGGCAGCAUUUGUCUUGAUAAGAGAGUUGCUGGACACAGCAGGUCGUCCAUGUCAGCAUUACACGCUGGUGGCGUUAGGAGCCGGCCGUUCAAGCUGCAGUAGGUGGCUCUGCUACAACGGAACGAUGGUCCAUGACUGCCACGCCAUCAUCAUCGCCAGAAGGGCUCUCAAAAGGUUUCUGUUCAAACAGCUUCUGCUGUUCUUUGAUGCUGAUCCAAAGGCUAAGGAGAACUGUGUUUUGGAGAAGAGUGCAGACGGCUACCAGCUUCAGCUGAAACCCAACACCAGUCUGCAUCUCUACACCAAUCAGUGUCCUGAAGGAGCGGCUAAGAACCUCCACUUCAAGGGCCCUUCAAACGACAUCUGGACCAGUAUGAAGCUGCAGUACCAUUCCAAGGGCCUGCUGGUCCCUGUUGCCUACCUGGACCCGAGCCACUGGGGGGCCAAAGUGUGCUGCAUGUCCGGCAGUGACAAGUUGUGCAGCUGGACCGUCACUGGGGUGCAGGGUGCACUACUGAGCCACUUCCUCCAGCCUGUCUACAUCACUAGCACCGUGCUAGGGGGCCAGAAGUUCUUUUAUGACGAAGUGUCUAACAUCACCAACAUGCGACUGGGUGAUGGUUGGGAGGACAUUCUGCCGUCGUCCUACAAAAAAAAACACAACAUCUUCUUCCUGUGUGGCGACUACGUGGGACCGGCUGUGAUCUCCCCGAAGCACGACAGCCUCAGCGUCAACUGGUGCCUUGGGGACAAGGAUGUUGAAGUUCUGGACAGCAGCGAUGGCCGCAUCGUUGAUGGUUCUCCUUCUGUGAGUGGACCCGACUUCUCCAGCAGACUUUGCAAGAGAGCGCUCUACAGUUACUUCCUCCGAGCUGCAGAGAUCAGCGGGAAGAGCUACCUGCUGAAUCUUCCCGUCUACCACAGCGUCAAGAUGGAAGCCGUCGCCUACCAGACUGUCAAAGAUCUGGUCAAGGAGAAGUUUCUGAGUAACCAUGCAGGUCCCUGGAAUUCAAAAAAGCUGGUGGACUGCUUCAGCGUUUGAAUGUGCUCCCGCUGAGAAACAGGCCACGCAAAAGUUCAAGUUCCUCUUGAGAUUUAGUUUACUUCUGUUUGCUGUGCUCUUCGUUCAAUACCGUUCUUAACAGAAAUUCUAGUUUUGUUUUACAUAACGUAUUUUAGUUUUCUGUUUGUGUAGGUGUUUGAAAAAGAUAAACGAGACCCUACUGUUCUGCAACACAGUGAAGUAUUUGUUAGUUUGAAUGAGUUGUGAGUGGGAAAACAUGACUUAUGGGAACAGUAUGCCACUCAAGUAGAAUGGAGGAACAUAUUAUUACCCAUUAUCACAUUUGUAGCCAAAAUGUUUUACUGAUUGACAAAAAUAUGUUUUGAGUUGAUACAAAUAUAAAUAAUUCUACCUA